UUAAACUUUACAUAACACAACUACAUCAUAACAAAUCCAACAACAUUCAACAAUAAACAAUCUUACUCAAGAUCACCCAACAAUGACAGACUCAGCUCUUACCACAUUGACCCUUGAUGGUCUUCCAAAGAUCGCGGAAGGGAAAGUUCGAAAUCUCUAUGAGAUUGAUGAGAAGACCCUCCUGUUCGUUGCAUCCGAUCGCAUUUCAGCUUAUGACGUGAUUAUGGAAAAUGGUAUCCCCUCCAAAGGCGCACUUCUCACUCUCCUUUCCGCGCAUUGGUUUGAGGUCCUCACAGGUCUAAUCCCUAAUCUCAAAACUCACUUCCUGACUCUCUCCCUCCCCUCCUCCAUCUCCUCAUCCCAACACUCACUUCUCCGAAACCGAUCUAUGCAAGUACGUAAGCUCAAAAUUUUCCCCAUCGAGGCCAUCGUACGUGGUUACAUUACUGGUUCCGCCUGGAAAGAGUAUCAAAAGUCAUCUACUGUCCACGGCAUUCAAAUAGCUGCAGGCUUGCAAAAUUCCCAGGCUUUCCCCCAAGGAGCUAUCUAUACACCUUCUACCAAAGCCGAAGGUGGCCAAAAUGAUGAAAACAUACAUCCUUCAGAGGCAGCCAAGAUUGUAGGUGAGAAGUAUGCGCAGCGCAUCGAAGAUUUGGCAAUCAAGCUAUACACUACUGCUCGGGAUUAUGCUGCAGAACGUGGCAUUAUUAUUGCGGACACCAAAUUUGAGUUUGGAUUGGACGAGGAAACCGACGAAGUCGUUCUUGUAGAUGAGGUUUUGACACCCGACUCGAGUAGAUUCUGGCCUGCGUCCAAAUACGAAGUUGGAAAGGAACAAGAAAGCUAUGAUAAACAAUUCUUGAGGAAUUGGUUGACGGUCGAGGGCCUCAAGGGCAAACAGGGAGUUGCAAUGCCAGAGGAUAUCAAGUCGCAAACAGCUGAGAAGUACCGCGAAGCAUUUGAGAAAUUGACCGGCAGAAAAUGGGCAGAUGCUCUCAAGGAAGACGAGUCUAAAUGAACGUACUACAUAUGAAUACAUAGACAGCAAUGAGUCUUGAAUUACCUGUACUCUGUUGUGAUUUCUUGGGAGAGGAAAUGGCCACUGUAGGAAGUCCACUGUAGUCAAUUAUUUUCAGAGGCAAAUGCAUAUGAAGAAAUCAACAUCUACCAAGUAAGUACUAGGUACUUUGUAGAUGACAGCUUCAAUAUAAUGCUAGGUAGACAGCUCUCAAGAAUGAUCAAGGCAUCAUUCUUUUACCGAGAGAGAAGAAAGAAACCAAGGUCAAAACUCUUCUUAAUUUUUCCCCUUCAAUGAAUUCGAUGCAAUUCCCACGGUAUCUAGAGCCGCAAAGUAUUCUGAUGCAAUUGAGUCGAAUUGCUUUUUGGGGGGGCACAAUUGACAUGGCAUGAUCUUAAAAUUUGUAGUCAGAGAUUCAAUGGCUUCAUACAUACCAGGUACCACUAGGUACCUAGGUAGUAUCCAAUUCAAACCGUAGAGUUGUUGGCGGAGAUCAAUGAGGAGUUCCAAGCUACCGAUGGCAAUCUCGAUUUCGAUCUUGAGACGGUUUCCGCGGAAUCGAGCCCCGCAUUUAGACGGAACCACUUCCCCACGAAGAUGAAGAGCCUCAAGAUUUCAUGGUACAUAUGAAUUUGCUACCUACACGUACCUAGAUGUUUAUGAGUUCCGUGUCAAUAUGGAUUGAUUGAAUUAUUGUUUAAUCUACCUCGAUAGGUAGGUGAGGAAGUGAGAAUAGAAAGAAUGUUCCAAGAGGAUUAAGAAUAGAUUUCCUAUAAGAGCUUCUAACUAUUAUACCAAUGU